AUGGCUAUGAAUUUGAACAUCGCUUCAAUAUCCUUGCUGUUGUUGUUGGCAUCCACUGCCAAAGUUGCCGAAUCUGGUAUCUUCGAUAUACAGAAGUAUGGAGCAAAGCCUAACGGGGAUAUCACUCAGGCUUUGACAAGAGCUUGGAAAGAAGCAUGCGCAGCAGGAGGUACAAGCAAAAUUGUGAUUCCUAAAACCACAUACAACUUAGGCAACCCAGCGAGUUUACAAGGCCCUUGCAAGGGUCCUAUUGAGAUUCGGCUUGACGGCACCCUAAAGGCCCCAGCAAACCCCAGGCAGCUCAAGGGUGAUGGUUGGAUCACCAUUGGCCGUGUCGACGGCUUCACUCUAUCAGGUAGUGGAACACUAGAUGGCCAAGGAGCAACUUCUUGGAAACAAAAUGAUUGUGGCAUAAACAGCAAGUGCAAAUUACUUGCCACGAAUUUAAGGCUCGACUUCGUCACAAAUGGAUUAAUCCAAGGAAUUACAUCGAAGGACCCCAAAAGUUUCCACAUUAACGUUUUGGGAUGCAAAAAGUUGAAGUUCCAACAUGUUACCAUCACUGCACCCGGAACAAGCAUCAACACCGAUGGAAUCCACAUUGGACGUUCAUCUGGGAUCACCAUUUCCGACACAAACAUUGGAACCGGUGAUGAUUGUAUCUCCCUUGGUGAUGGAAGCCAAGAUGUUACUAUCGAAAGAGUUAGAUGUGGACCUGGCCAUGGCAUCAGCAUCGGAAGUCUUGGGAAGUACUACAAUGAACAACCAGUAUCUCAAAUCAAGGUUCUAGAUUGCACCUUUAGCAACACAAUGAAUGGUGUAAGGAUCAAAACAUGGCCUGCCAACCCUUCUCCGGGUACUGCGAACGAUAUAACUUUCAAGGGUAUUACCAUGAAUAACGUCGCCAAUCCUGUCAUCAUAGAUCAAGGCUACUGCCCAUACGGUCAAUGCAAAUCACAGAUUCCCUCUAAAAUUAAGAUCAGCAAUUUGAACAUCGAGGACAUUAAAGGCACUUCAGCAACUCCGGAGGCUCUCAAGAUUAUCUGCAGUAAGGGAGUACCAUGCCAGAACGUGAAGGUUUCUAACAUUAACCUUUCAUACAAGGGAGCUUUGGGGAAAGCUAAGACCGUAUGUGAAAAUGUCAGGCCCACGGUCACCGGCACGCAGAACCCUCCGGUUUGUCCAAGCCAUUAA